AUGUCGCAGCGAGCAGGAAUCACUUCAGCUGAAAGAGAGAAGGACAAAGCCCUGGUGAAGCCAAAAGAUCCAGUGCAGAGCAAACAAGCAACGUUGCUGGCACAGGAUACAGGUCAUUUCUCUCUGGUACGAGCGCUACAUCUAGCUGAUGCGAUCACCGAGAUGAAUGGAUUCUGUGGCUUUAUGGCCGUGCUCUCGGCCAUGCGAUACGCCAUGGGAGACCCUUCGCAUUUCACGAACCUCUACGCCGCCUUUAUCUUUCCAGUAGCAGGACUUAUGUUUGAUUUUCUAGAUGGAAAGGUUGCAAGAUGGAGGAAGAAGUCGUCUCUCAUGGGUCAAGAACUGGAUUCGUUAGCCGAUUUGAUCUCUUUCGGUGUCGCACCUGCUUCUGUUGGCUUCGCCUUGGGCCUACGAACCAACGUCGACCACCUGAUAUUGAGCUUCUAUGUCCUCUGCGGCCUCACACGACUCGCUCGAUUCAAUGUAACAGUUGCAAUGCUUCCCAAGGACGAGACGGGCAAAAGCAAAUAUUUCGAGGGUACACCAAUUCCAUUCGCAUGUCUUACCUCUACUACCAUCAUGGCAUUAUGGACUUGGAUGGGUGCUAUCCACGACCAUAUCCCCCUAGGCAUCGCCUUGGCAGGCACGCCGUUCGAAUUCCAUCCGGCAGCAGUUAUAUUCGUUAUUAAUGGCUGUCUCAUGUGUUCCAAGACUUUGCACGUGCCGAAGCCAUAA